AAAUAAGGACGUACGUAACGUACUUUACCCAGCGGCUGAUCUCUGUGACGCUGUUGCGGCGAAGCUCCAGAGCUCGAGCUCGUAACGGCGGCGAGAGAAGUCAUCGCUUCUCCUGCUGCUAUUUAGCACACUGCGUAGGGUUACAGCAGGUUGAGCCUGGGACCAGCUGUCCUCCAAGAUGAACCCUUAUGAGUGAAAGUAACCUAUUCAAUAAAAGCCAUGCCUGAAGAUUAGAGCCACCUUCUGCUUACAGCAAUACAACCAUACAGAGGAUUCUACAUGACUCUUCAUGUAGACCUUCCUGUGUUUGUCCUGCUGGAUUGAGUCCUUCCUCUCCUACUAUAAUAUCAGCUCUCUCCCAUUCAUACCGCUCCCUCUUGCACUUUCAUGUCCACCUGGAAACAUGUAUCUUCUUUUGAGAAUGGCUCCAACCUAGUCUCAUGCAUCCAAUGAGUGGAGAGUCAGACGGCCCUGCCCCUGAAAGAGUCUCGCGGGCCUUCCCUUUGUCAGGCCCUGUGUCUUCCUCAGAGAUGUCCUCACUGCAGUCACUAGGGCCAGUGCAGAGCUGGCUGGGUCAGGAGCUGGAGAAAUGUGGCAUAGAUGCAAUGAUCUACACCCGUUAUGUCCUUAGCCUGCUUCUGCAUGACAGUUAUGACUAUGAUCUGCAGGACCAGGAAAAUGACAUCUUUCUGGGCUGGGAGAAGGGAACAGGGAAGAAAUGGGGGAAGAGCAAGAGGAAGGGAGGGACUGACCUUACUCUUGAAGAGAUGAAGAAACAAGCUGCUGUGGAAUGUUUGCGUUCAGCAUCUGAUGAAAAUUCUGGAAUUGAAAGCUUGGUUGAGGAGCUGUGCUCUAAACUCAAGGAUAUUCAAAACAAACAGAAAGAAAAGGUAAAGCAAGGAAAUAAAAAAUCUGAUAUAUCUCCGUCUCCUGAACCAGAUGAUUCAUUUUCUUCUAAGGACCAGGUUGAGAUGUACUAUGAAGCUUUUCCACCUCUCUCAGAAAAAUCAGUUUGUCUCCAAGAAAUGAUGACUGUGUGGAACAAAGCUAAAGCCUGCAACUAUUCCAGUUCAUCAUCAUCUGCUGUCCCUCAAACAAGCACAGACACAUCCUCUCCAAAAGAUUGCAACAGCGAAAGUGAAGCUUUUAAAGACCGAAAAGUUGAUGUACCCAGUUCCAACACCACAAUCAGUGAGAGGGCUCAGCAGCGACGCACUAAGAGGGAGAAGGAAAACCGAUUCCAUGGAAGCGCAACAGGAGUGUGUGAUCAGGUUGCUCCUCAUAGUAAGAGACAGGCGAGACACCGGUCUGAAGGGAGGUUUCGUCCCAGAUCGUGGUCCUCUGGCUCUAGUGAGGCUGGCUCUAGCUCCAGCGGUAACCAGGGUGACCAGACCCUUAGUUGCAAAGCAGUGCGUAUAAAACACAAGUCUAGAGAGGUCAGCAGCAGAAAGAAAAGAGGCCGCAGUGGUGGCGGACAGGUCAAACUGGCCCUAAAAGUCAUCGACAAAGAAGAGUGGAAAAAUGCACGUGGCAACAUCAGUACCACUGGAGGCCCACCUAAGCAACAGCAGCACUACAUCAAAAAAGGCAAAAGACCUCUGAGGGAGAUCCGCAAAGAUGCUAAUCUGGCUGAGGCACAGGAGUCAGGAGGAGAGGCCAAUAAAAAGGAAUAUGUGGAAGAGCCACUUUGGUAUACAGAGCCCAUCUCGGAGUACUUUGUCCCUCUCAGUAGAAGUAAAUUGGAGACAAAGUAUCGGAGUAAAGAAGACUCUUCCAGUGACGUGGCCAUGUCCAUUGAUGUUGACUGUCUGUCAGAGAGAAUUCAAGGGAUCUGCAUUGCUAAUUCUUGUUUUCAAAGGGCAUACCUUGCAGCAGGCACUUUUGUGGAUGGUCACUUCAUUGAAGUCCCUGAUGAAGGUGAUGAAGAGGCUCCUGAACUAAAUGGGAUUCCAAGCUGCCCUCCUCCUGAAGAUGGUCAAAAUUUAGAUGACGAGCAUCUGUCUGAAUUCACUCACUUCUAUGAAGUUGAUUUUUACCAAUCCAUAUUGGAUCCUAGUGCCUCAGAUGCGGUACAAGAAAGCCGAAUCCUGAACAUGAUUCGACAGAAAAGCAUUGAGCGAAAACACUUUGAAGCAGGAUGUGUAGAUUUAGAUGGCCUUGAGCUGCAAGGGGAAAGUGCAAUAAGGAUUGAUUCUCUGGGAGCCUCAGAAGCAGAUGUUUCUAUCACACAAGAUAUGGAAAAUAUUGCCCAGGUCUGGGAGUGCUGUUCUUCAUCUAGCUUGGAAGAUUUGGAAGGAGAAAGCUGUCUGGGUGACUCUCCAGUCAGGCUCUCCCCAGUGUUGGACAGUGUUCCUUUUAGCUUUAGUAAACUGUCUGGAGCUUUUGUAGGGCAUCAUCUCCAAGAAGCCAGCAGUAGCAUCUCUGCCCUGAACUCCUGUUUUCCGCUUUUUGAGUUGCAGUACGAUAGCCCUACCUUUUCUUUUCCCUGCGACUCUCUUGCGGAGGGUCAGGACAAUGUAGAUUCAAGUAGCUGUUUAGAUCCACAAGGAAACAAACAAUCCCGUUUGCUAAUUUGGACCAAAAACAGUGCCUUUGAAGAAACUGAACACUGCUCUAACUUAUCAACAAGGACCUGCAGUCCCUGGUCCCACUCAGAGGAGACCCGGUCAGAUAGUGAACAGAUCAAUGCUCCAGCGGAUGAAUCUGCUCAGUUUGGGAGUGAAGAGGUCAGUUGUGUCUCCCUUAUCCCACCGUUAUGCCUAGAAGAAGAACUUUUAGAUUUCUUUCAAGAGAACUCCAGUCACCAGCAGGAAGAAACAAGUGUAGGCACAGAGCCCAACCAGCCCUUCAAUAAGAAAUCAAAAUUGGAGUCUGUUUGUGGCAUAGCAUUAGAGCAGGAUGAGAGUAAACUCUAUAAUGCUGUUGUGUUUUCAGAUGUCCCAAAUCAACAAAGUGAUGAAUACACCUCAGGGAUAGUUAAAGACAUUUGGAUGGCUAUUGGAGACAGAGACUGUGUCUUAACACUUGGGGUAAAGAAUACAAGGGAACACUUGUUUUCUGAUUCUACCAGCUACCAUUGCAGCUGUCUUGAAAAGGAUGUAAAAGGUGAAAUUAUUCAAAAGAAAGCUGUGCAGUGUUCGGAGUAUCAUCUUUGGGAUGGGCAGAAAGGAGAUGAGGGACUUCCUAAAACCAAGCUCUCUAAAAUGAAUGAUGGGGAUUACACGACACCGGCCAAGCCCUGGAAUUGUAAUUCACAGGACAGCACCUCCUUUAUCCUCGGUGGGGUUUAUGGAGAACUGAAGACUCUAAGUGGUGACAGAGAAUGGGCUAUGAUUCCACCUGGUGAUGCUUGUGGCAGUUUGUUGCAGUGUGCAGCAGCCACAUCUUCUGACAUGGUAACCAUAGCAGGAGCAGAUGUGUUUAUGAACACAAGCAGUUGCUUUGCUCCUGGCCACAAGCCAUUGUGGAGGCCUCUUGUGUCCCUUGGUCAAAAUGAGAAGGCUACCAAGAAACCUGGGGAUGGUUUGAAUAAGGGAUUUUCUGUUGUCUUCCAUGAAGAUUUACUGGGAUCGUGCGGAGGCUUUCGUGGAGAAGAGUCAGGAUUGGAUUACGCAUUUUCAUCCUUUGAUAUGAACAACCCUUUUUCACAGGUCCUGCAUGUAGAGUGCUCCUUUGAGCCAGAGGAUAUGGCCUCGUUCAGCUCGGGAUUCAAGCCAAAAUCCAUAUUAUGCUCUGACAAUGAGCCCUUUUGCCCUUGGUUAUAUGGCAUCAACCGGACUCAGUAUCGGGCCAUUCGAAUUUCCCCAAGGACUCAUUUCCGGCCAAUAUCAGCCUCUGAACUUUCUCCAGGUGGGUGCAGUGAGUCAGAUGUAGAGUCUGAGAAAGAGGAAGCGAAUCUUCCAGUUGGUCAAGCAGACCUCUUUGAUGACCCACAGGCUGACCUCAAGCCUCUUGAGGAGGACGCAGAGUGCGAGGGCCCUUAUUAUGGAAAAUCUGAGUUGGAGUCUGGGAAGUUCCUACCAAGAUUAAAGAAGUCUGGCAUGGAGAAGAGUGCCCAGACUUCACUCGAUUCACAGGAGGGUGGGAGCACCCUUCUGCCGAUUACUGAACAAGAGGUUUGCGUACAUUGUGAGACUGCAGCGGUUUCGGUGCCAUGCUCUAAUGUUCAGUCCUCUGUUUUUCAACAAGAGGGAUCUAGCAGAGAGGCAGAGUUGUGCAAAUGUGCUGCAACUGAUCAGAUUCCAAAAAGUGGGAAGUCGUUUGAUGUUGCUCAAGAUAUGCAUGAGUUACCUCUGUUGAAUUUUGGAGAACAGUGCUCAACUAAUAUGCAGCAAGAAGAGUGCUGGUGGCAAAGUACUCUAUGUUCUCCUUUAUUUCCAGGUUCUCAGUGCGGAGGAAGCAGUAAUGUAUGAUUCUUCUGCUGAGCGUGGAGUUGUACCAAUGCUGAUUUCCUCUCAUCACUUUCAACCAAAAUGCAGGGGAAGGAUAGGAGGACCCUUACAAGAACAGUGAGCCCAUGGCCCGCAGUGGGCUCUUUCUUAACCACGCUCUCCUAAGCCCUGUUAUUCCUCAGCCAUUUCAUCUAAAACGGCGUAUCAUCAAGAUGGAAACAUAACGAGAGGAAAACAUGGCAGUAGGUUGAACGUACAGUUAGAUGAUUCUGGUCAACAGCAUUUAUUGUAGACUUGUUUUCAGUCUGUUAAUUCCAAGGUUGAUCAAUUUUGAAAAGAAUAAAAAAAAGGCAUAGUUAAGUUUUAAGAAUGUUCUUUAAUUUACCCCUUAUAGAUUUUAGCAUCACUUUUAUGUUUUGAUCUAGGAUACACUAUAACUGUGGUCCUACUGAUUGUGCAUGUGCUUGUGAACCUAGCCUCAGUCCUUCUAAUAGUCAAAGUUUAUGUGACCGAACUAUGAAUACUCAGAAGUCCGGUUGAAAGCACUACGAAUGCGACAUCCCCUUCCCCAGUCAGAUGGUUUAGCAUUUUGUCGUAUUUUUAUUUUAUUUUAUUUGAAUUGUAGAGGAUAGUUGUGUGAGGUUUGGUGUGUUGAAAGAAAAAGUGCUUUUGCCACCCCACCCCCCACUUUUGUUCUGUUACAUCAAUUAUUUGUUGAUGUUCCACUUUAGUUUGAUACUGCUCCAAAAACAUCUUAAAGAAAUAAAGCAGGGUAAUAUGUUAAAGGUGUAGUAAUACAAUAAGCAAAAAAACUAAAAACACUGAUUAAAACAGAAGUCUAAGUAAAGAAAUCUAUCCUUGUCCUUGAAAUUGAAAGUUGAUUUCUUUGCUUAAGUUUCCCAUUUAAUUCAGUCAUUGUGAUAAAUGUUUGCUAGGUUAUUUUGUCCCCUUUAGUUAAAAAAAUAUUUGUCAGAUGGCUUGUUAUCUUUCAUAAAAGUUAUUUUUUGGAGAAAGGUGUGGUGUCAAAGGACAGUUUACAUUUUCCUGAAUACAAGUAUAGUAAGAUAUCUGAAAAAAACAAAAAAAAACAUGUAAAAUAUAAAUGCUGAAGAUAAAGUCUACAAGGAAAAUAAAAAUUAAAAAGGAGGGGGAGGGGGCAUAGGUCACUGAAUAUUUUGACUAUACAAUUUAAUUUUAGUUGUUUCGAAGUCUUCAAAAUCUAUUACACCUUACAGUUGAUCAUAUAAAUGAUCAGUUGCAACAUAAUUUUAUGUAUUGGUUCUUUAAGUUUAGUUUUGUGAAUUUCAGUGAAAUUUCUUCCCCUUCUUAACCUAACUAAAUUGUGACUUCUGAUUAUCCAUAAAAUGACUUGAUUUGUUUUUUGUUUUACAUGAAAAGAAUUGAGUGUUUCCAGUAAUGGCAGUCAAUGCCAGUUUCAAUGUGUGCUGAUGUCAUAUGGCAUGGGCAAUGCCUAGUAAGACUUCAAAUGAAGAGGGAUAUACAAACGCAAUAUAGUAUUUUGGCACACCAUAACUCCACAACCUUACAAUGUUAAUGUAUUUUUGUGUAAAAAAAAAAAAUACAUGCGUUCAUUUUGGCUACACCCCCCUCCCCCCCCCC